UGUCUGGUGCCACGGCAGUGGGACGAGUGACCGAACAGAGACCGAAUAAAUAAGUAGAUAUCAGCCCGGUGCAGAGCCUCCUAGUUACGUUGGUCGGCUCGAUUCUUCACCCGGUCGACAGCCGAGCUGUUCGCCGAGACAGCUGGUCCAGGUCAAGCCUCUCGAGGCGUGCUCUACGUUGUUCCACGGUCCAAGGAAACGACCGAGAGGACCGUCCGCACAAGAGGCGGCCAUAUUCAAACAAUCGCCGACCGAGAGUCUUCGGCAGUCGCCGCUCUGUCGCGGAGAUGAGGCGAUAAAAGCCCUGGCCGAUCGAGAGAUCCGACCGGGACACCGGCUCGAGGAAGCUUCUCUCGACGGGGCUGGACUGAAAGGGAGGUUAGGUACGGACCGGGUUAGAAGGCUCGGGUCGGAACUAGUCCGCCCCGGCGUGCGCCCUGCAGGAAAUCACCCCGACACUUGCCGACGGGAUGAGCGCCAAGACGGACGUUAACAGGCGAGUUCUGGCGAUACAGGCCAAGAAAAAGAGGCACAAGCCCAGCAAACGGAAGGACAAGGGCGGGGGCUCCCAAGGUGACCAAGAUGCCCCUGGAGCGCAGUGUUCAAAGACACAGUCCGCUUCGAAGGGUUCCGAUCACUAUCAGGACUCUGGUGGGCAACGACAGUACCCUGGAGGCAACAGCAACAGUUCAAGCAACGAGACCAUCGAGGAUGACGACGAAUACAGCAGUGAGGACGAGGAACAGGAGGACAGCACCGACUAUUGUAGAGGCGGAUAUCAUCCGGUUAAGAUAGGAGAUUUCUUCCUGAAUCGUUAUCAUGUCACGCGCAAACUCGGUUGGGGCCACUUCUCGACGGUCUGGCUGUGUUGGGAUCUCCAGGACAAACGGUUCGUGGCGCUAAAGGUGGUUAAGUCCGCGAAACACUUUACGGAAACCGCGUUGGACGAGAUCAAACUAUUGAAGGAUGUGCGCGACACGGAUCCCAACGAUCCUAAGCGCAACAAAACGGUGCAGCUGCUUAACGACUUCAAGAUCAGCGGAAUUAACGGUCUGCACGUUUGCAUGGUAUUCGAAGUGCUCGGACAUAACCUACUCAAACUCAUCAUCAAGUCGAACUAUCGAGGGAUACCAAGGAACAAUGUUAAACGCAUUAUCAGACAAGUCCUUGAAGGUCUUGACUACCUCCACAACAAAUGUAAAAUUAUACAUACGGACAUAAAGCCAGAGAACGUUCUGAUAUGCGUCGACGAGGCAUAUAUAAGGAAGUUAGCUUCAGAAGCGACGGAGCUUCACACCCUGGGUCUGAAGCUCCCGGUCUCCUUGAUAUCGACGGCGCCCAAGGAGUUCCAAGAGCCCUUGCCGAACUCGAAGAUGUCGAAGAACAAGAAGAAGAAGCUGAAGAAGAAGGCGAAGCGACAGAACGAGCUCCUUAAGAAACAAAUGGAACAGAUCGAGGAGAUGGAGGAGCGCAACAAACACGCGAACAACACGAGGGAAAACGGAGAACCCGAGGCGAAUAGCCCGGAUCAGGAUGUGAACACGGAGAGCAUCGAGGACAACACCGAGAGCAAGGGUUCCCCGGACCUCUCCGAGCCCUGCGCUACUCCUUUGCACGUGAACGGCGUCGACGGCCUCGCCGGGGGCGAGAAGGUCGAGAACCCGUCCCCGGAACAGUCCCAGAAAAUCGAAAACGUGCCGCUCUGUCAUGUCGAAAAAAGCUGCGGCGAAGGUGUCCUACUACCGGACACCGAAGACAUGGACGAGGGGAGCGAGGAGCGCGGGGUAAACCCACCGGAGACCAAGCAACUGAAACGAGCAUCGGUGGCGCCGUUGGACCCCGCCAUUGUAGACUGCGACGUCGAGGUCAAGAUCGCCGACCUCGGAAACGCCUGUUGGGUACACAAGAAGUUCACCGAGGACAUACAGACGCGUCAGUACAGGUCACUGGAGGUGCUCCUAGGCGCGGGUUACAAUACCUCGGCCGACAUCUGGUCCACGGCUUGUAUGGCCUUCGAACUGGCCACGGGUGACUACCUCUUCGAGCCCCACAGUGGUGAGGACUACUGCAGACGAGGACCACCUGGCACACAUAAUCGAGCUCCUGGGGGAGAUCCCGAGACGCAUCGCCCUGUCCGGGAAGCACUCCAAGAUGUUCUUCACCAAGAAGGGCGAGCUGAAGCACAUCAACGGGCUAAAGCCGUGGGGCCUCUACGAGGUCUUGACCGAGAAGUACGACUGGUCGCCGAGCGAGGCGUGCGAGUUCACCGAGUUCCUAACUCCGAUGCUCGAGUUCGACCCGGCUACGAGGGCGACCGCAGCCGAGUGCCUGAAGCAUCCCUGGCUGCAGAUCAAGUGAUCCGGUUUACCGUCGGCUUUAACGUUAAAUUUCUGAGCCCCUCGCCCGCUGUUGAUCACGCGCCAGCCCCAGUCCCUUCCGACGAUCCCGAGCCGAGAGUACGACGUCCCGAGGCGAAGGCAGGCGAAGGAGAGAAGGUGCCAUCAUUCCGGAGGGUCGCAGAGACGAGGUCCUGCUUCCUGGGACGGCCGAGCCCCGUGGGGGAACCUACCGUGUAACAUUUGUAUCUACGGGAGAAAAUCGCGCCACCCUAACGCCGGUACGCCCCAGUGCUUAUUUAUUAUUCCUCUCAGUGCCACCUCUGUGCGGAAUCGAGGCUUUACGGUGUCCAGGACCCUUUUGGACUCGCGAGCACGACGGGACGACGUUUAAGCUGCUCCAGGGGUGUCGACCAGUUACAUCCUGAUCCGCCGACCAGGACUGGACUCGCCGAAGAGCUUCACCUGGACUCUUCGCGUCAUCAUUCCAGAGGCCUGCGGCUCCAGGGCCCUUGCGAUCCGACAGUGUUUUCCACGCCUACGCCACCCGACUCGGGGAACAUCCUAUCGGUCGACGAAGCCACGAACGGGGAACGAACAAACGCGACCCCGAAGAGGAUCAGCUCGACGUGACGAGCUUCGGUUCCACGGACCUCCGCACUCUCGGCUCGAAACUGCCCUCUUCCCUGUCCUGUCUCGUUACCUGUCCCCCCUCCCUCCCUCCCACCCCUCCCUACGUCCUAUUUGUAUUUAUGACUUUGUGAAAGAUAUUUUUUCAUUUAGCGAUGACAAUUUAAAUUAAAUUUCUUAGUACUUUAAUUGGCGCCACCAGUCGUUGCAUCCCACUCGCAUGCUCGUACACCGGACUCGAUCGACAACGACGCGUGUCUUGAGAGUCACAGGACGUACUCGUCGUGAAGGCAUACUUGCGUUAUACAUAUAUACAUAUAUACAUAUUAUAUAUAUAUACACACGUUAUAUAUAUAUAGGAGAUAUUUAUAAAACGUACGUUCUCGAUUCGGCAGGGAAUGGGGCGUGUUUUUGAAGAUUCGCUCGUCAUCCGGAAUUUUUUUCGCUAAGCGUUCCUCGAGCAAAGGACUAUUUGGACGGAGUCUUUCCAUGAGUCUUGCCGGUUCUCGCUUGAUAAUUUAAUGGACUGCAUUCCGGACGGAGUUGAUUGGUCUCAUCGUAAAUUUUAUAAUGAACCGCCUCGCGGUCAAUUCGGGUUAUCAAUUUUCUUUUUCUUUUUUUUUUUAUGCAAAUCCUUUCGCGACGACUCCUUGCAGCGAGUGGCCUCGUCUUCCUCGUUGAUGAAAAUCGAUCCUUCGUGUUCAUAAUGUCAGGAAUUUAUUGUCAUUUAUUGUUAAAAAAUAUUUUCGAGGAUGUAGAUGGUUCCCUGGUACUUUAGACAUCACAAGCGUUGCUUUCGUGGUCGAUGGUACUUUACGUUUAUGGCUCUUUUGACUUCUUUUUUUGUUUUUUUUUUUUUUUUUCGAGACGACUCUGUAUAAAUUCUGUAUGAAACGUCCUCUCUCCCUCUCGCGGCAAGGAUGUAACGGAAAUUGUGUAAAUGUAAUCAAAAUGCAGGUACACUCGAACGGGUGCAUCGAUCCGCUGUCUUAGGGGGAGAUAAGGAGAUGGGCCAUCUCAGUUUCUUGCACCGAUAGGAUAUUAUUAACCGAGAUUUAAAAUACUCGUAGAGGAUGCACCGGGUCCUUCGAAGGAUCCUCGGGAUUUGUCGACUGCGCAGCCCUUAGGUCCUGAUUAGAAAUCGGCAGGAUGAGUUCUAUGCGAAUCUCAGUACGAGUAGAGCUAGUUUGUGUCUAAGUACCCGAUAGGCGUUUCUGUUGUCUUUGUAUAUUUAGUGAUCCUCCUUUUUUAAAAAGAAAGAAAAACCUAGUUUAACCGGAUUCCAUUGUGAUAACGUAUCAGGAGUAGGCAAGAUAGGAUAGACUUUAAGCAUCGCGUCAUUAAACAGUUGCUAGACAUCCUAACAGCAGUCUACGCGUUUAUGGAGGUUUAAGGUUGGACUUAAUCCUGGGUUAAUCUAAUCGAGCGGUAGACUACUGUUAAAGCGUGUCUCAAAUUAAUUGUAAAAAGGCCAGGUUAGCGUCCCACGAGACUCUCCUCUGUUAUAUUUAAUUUCUCUUACCUCUGUACUCUCGAGCUCGCCUUAUUAUUAUCGUUUCCGUAAACCUUAGUUGUCGUUCAGAGGCCGACCGUGUUAAGGCAACGUGCUCCGGCGACUUUUAAUUUAUUUAUGAUCCUUAGUUUUAGAUCGUAGGUCCUCUCGAGCCAUUCCACCUUCCCGGUUAUCGGAUCGUUGGGAACAUGCCAGACAGGAGCAACCAACAACCAUGGUGUGACUGUGUAAGGGAAACAGUGUAACAGAUAUUUCCUGGAGUUUAAAAUAAAUUGUAUAUCAGUCAUUUUGAUUGCACUUAAGGGCUGCACAGUGAUGGAAGUCGGUUAAUCAGGUGAUAAGGGGAUCCUCGACUGGGAAGUCCAUUCUGGUAUACUUUAUAGUUCUAAACACUUUGCCUGGUUAUCGCGCUUCGAGUGGUACGAAGGAAUCAUCGAUGAUCGUUCGAUGACUUCGGAGAAAAUGAAAAUCUUGCCCGGGUUCCUUGGAUUCUUUUUUUUUUUUUUUCACCCUUUAGUUUCAAAGCUCUCGUUUUUCUCUAGGAACGCUUUUGAGGGAAAUGGGAGAAUCAUCGAUGAUCGUUCGAUGAUUUCGAGGGAAUAUCUCACCGAGGCUCCUCGGGUACCGACUGAUUGCGAGUACUAAGCUCUCUGCCGAUGAUUAUACGAUUGUAGGGCGAAAGGAUGGAGCGAGACGCGUUUGUUUGAGAUUAUUGUAUUCUUAGAGUAUCAUCCUGAAUGACUCCGAAGACAUGUGCGCGCGCCGAUCGGAAGAGUGCUCUGGCUGAUGAUCCCAAUGAUCGCGACUGUUCCUCGUGGUAUUCGCACUCUUAUCGUGCUAACUUCCGAUAGUAGGAACCCGUUGUACCCUGCCGUUUAAUUGUAUGAUCGUCCUGUUGAAUUUGUACAGUAUGUAGAGAGCGUAGAGGGAACCUCAUCGAAUGGCUGCCGGGAAUUCUUGUAUCGCGUAGAGGAAAUGUAUCGGUAACGGUGGGUCGACCUGAACCUCGGGAGGUGAGAGAUCGAUUCCUGGAUUAUAUCCUCAACUAAUUGUAAGAAACAAUGAAUUUGUACUUAAAUUCCCAGCUGGGAUAAUUAUUCGAGACGAGCGAGCUCUGGGAACCGAUAGGGCGAACAAUGCCGAACAAUGGUGGAUAAUGGUGGACAAUUGAGGUUUGACUGGAAGCCUGUCGAUUCUUGGACUGCCAGUCAAUGGGAUUCCCUCGUUAGAGAUACAGGAUGUGCGACAAUUAGCAAAUACCGAUAUUUUGUGGAGAGGAGGUGGACGUCGAAAUCCGUGAGCGAUCCUAGGAACGAACGCGAUUACCGUGGAACUAAAUAUUUAUAUUCGUACUUAUUGUACGCGUUUAUGAACAAAGGAAGGGUUAAACAAGUGCCAAGAAAAAUUCAGGCUCUAAGGAACGAGAAAUUAACGAGCCUCCGAUUUUCUUACACGUCUCAAAGUCGUCUAAUGUGUAUCCACUCCGAUUAUUUGCGGACCUUUUUGAUAAAAAAAAAAAAAAUAAGAGAGAGGAAAAACACCAGUGUUGUAUGUGAAGUACGAAGAUUAAAUUAUUCCAUUAAUUUCUCCGCGCUGUUUGAUUCCUGUAUUUUUGUCGAGUUAUAUUAUAUAUUCGCCGUUAUCGUCUCUUAUACGUUUCGUUUCCGUGUGUUAGGCUACGCUAAUUUCCUAGGAUGAAAAUCAAACGUAAUUCGUGGUGUUAAUGCUUUACACCUGCGCUAGGUAGACUUGUAAGGUUUUUCUAUUUGUAAUAACGAUAAACAUAAAUAGUAUUAGGUAUUAGUAGCGGUAGAUACACGCGGACUCGUUGUGACAAUCGGCGGGUCCUUAGAAAAUUCCCGUUACUGCAUCCGAUAACGAUGAAUUUAUACAUAAAGAGAAACGCCAGCCGAUAAUAUUGUAAUUGCAUCUUUGCAUUUUUAUACAUCACGGUGACCGUGCGAUCCCCUUUUGUUUGGAAUUCGGUAAAUAAUAGUAGGCAUUUACGGAGAAUCGAUGCCGAAUCGAGCUUGGCAUUGCAUUGGACGAAUACGUGCGAUAAAAAUUAACCCCCCCCCCCGAGCGCUCGCUAACAAUGAUGAAAAAUAAUGUCACAGCCGUUUUGCGAUAACGCUUGGAUUUAAUCAUGAAUUAAUUAAGUCGGCGCAAGCAGAGGACGUAUGAAUUUUAUACACGAUAGUUUUUAACGUCGGGAUUACUUUCACUUGGAAAUCGACGAGCCAGUAGACGUUAGUGAUAGUGAUAAUGAAUUGAGCUUAGCACUGUGAUAACACGCCAAUAUCCGUAACAGCGUCCGGCAGCGAGUUUCGUGUGAUUUUUCAUUGACCGAAUUAAUUGAUAAUAACGUAGGGUAGUCGAGUUUUGAAGCCGUCUUCGAAAUGACCUCAUCAUUUUUUGUUAUUCAAAACGUUUAUCCCAAUUGGCGGCUCAGAUGACCUACGGUAGGAAUUAAGUACAAUCGGAGGUAAUCAAUGCGGAGACUGUGGUGCUCGAGGUAACGAGAGAAACAUUGUAAUAAUAGACGUACAGACGACUUUUAGACGCCACCGUAGAGGAUUAAUUAACCGUAAGCGCUCCUUAACGAGCAUUUGUUAAACAAUUACCCGAAACGCUCGAUUUCCGAUUAAACUUUCGUAUCUUCAAAUCGGUGUCUUCGUUCCACCGCAGCGCCGCUCACGGAUUCCGGCGCAACGAGACGUCCUCUACAGUCCGCACACUGAGACUAAGCGUGAGCGACAUUAGCGAUUAAGUUCUUUCUAGUUUAAUUAGCGAGUAGGCUCCCGACCGCCGCUUUAGAGCUCUAGGAAUAAUUAGCGAUCAAUAAUCCGUACUGUUGUAUAAAUAGUUCGACGUGUAGAGAGCGAGCGGGGAAGAGACGGAGACACGCCAGUCGGCGAAGCGUCUGCAGGAAGAAAGAGGACAGCGUCUCGCCGAGGACAAGGAACGGACUGCUCAAGAUGGAUUGGCGUGGCGAGAUGGGAUAAAGAAAACUUGGAAAGUGGAUCGUAGAGGGACCCAAGUUAAAUGCCACACAGCUCGUGGACCGGUCGGGCGAUUCGGCUCGGGUCAGCCUAGUCCGCGAAAAUUAAACCGCGCGUUCGCAAUGGCUUCUACCCGAAUUGCUCAUGCUUCGAUUGUAAGCUAUCCAUGCGGUGGAUAAGAACCGCGGAUCACCCACAAGGAGACGCAGAAUAUUAGGAGACCCUAGGAUAAGCGAUAAGGAGCCUCGUUGAUCCAGGCUGGCUUAAUUGUAGUUCCGGCGAGAUCGAACUUAGAUUCGAGGGAGACCCCUUGCCUCGCUUGUAGAGUUAAAAGAUUUUUAGCUACUUAAUUGUUAGAGUGCCAGGAGGCGCGACCGCUGUUAUCCCGUUCAGUGCCUAAGAGUGCCUCGACUUGAAAUGACGGAAGAGCGUUUGGCACUUUAGGGUGUGAUUUUUUUUUUUUUUUUCCCAAUGGCACUCGAGCGCAUAACGAGUACGGGUAAGGGAGGGAUUGGCGACCUCUUUUAACGCUGAAAGCGAGGCUUGAGGACCGUAGAGAGUUCAGCGAUCUUCCGUUGCUUAUCAACUGCGAAGCGUGUACAUAGUAGGGCGAACCUCUAGGAAAUCGAUGUAUACGGUGGCUGGUUCCGUACUCGGUGCAGCCUCGAGAACCCUUAACUAGUAGAGAUAGAGGUGGCCUUUUCCUUCCUCGAGGCUGGGUCACCUCGAUAUCCGAUAAUCCAGUCCGACGGUAUAAGGGGUUGAUGUAAACCGAGCCAGGUGGAGGUCGCAGGAGCGGUCGAAGGAAGGUCCGGGGAAGGCGAACCCACCGUCGUCCAGUGAUUUAUUGUUAAACGGCCGAUUCUUCCUGGACCUGUUCGAAGACGGUCCUGCGGUGGUUUGGUAUGGUUUCAUUGUCACGGGGAGCCAAACCGAAGAGAGAUCUUGUCCUGGGAGGUCUGGGGGACCUGCGACACGUCCUCGGGGACUCACCGAUCGGUACACGAUGCUCUAUGGUUGUUAGUAUAAAUAUGCAUUAUAAAGUAAAUAAAUAAAUGAGUAAAUAUACAUAUGUAGAGAGAGAGAGAUACAGAGAGAACCAUGUAAUCCGCAUGAUUAGCCAGUGCACGUCGUUACGUAUAAGAGUGCAGCGAGGAGGUCGCAGCGCCGGGGAGGGACUUUUUCGAAGGUGGUGAACUCGGCGUGAACUCUGUGGAGGUGCUUCGUUGGUUCGUGAUGGGACUUUCUGGAGCUGGAAUAGAAAGUGGGAGCUGUAAAUGUGCUCUGUGGAGCGGUUAGAGGGUUCUAGUCUGACUUUUUAACGGUCGGUCGGCGUCUUAGCUCCUCGUUAGGGGCAGGUGAC